AUGAAGCUGCAAGGUCUACUUUUGCUGCUCUGCGCGCUGAGCAGUCGCGCUCAGGAUGCGCCCGCCGCAGCGGCGACAGCUGUGGCCACUGGCAGUGAAGCUGCCGUCGUGGAUGCCACAGCAACAAUCAGCAACAGCAGCAGCAGCAGCACUGAGACUGCCACCAAGCCCAAGCUGCCCAGCAAUGAUGCGAUUCUAUCGCAGAUGCCGCCAGUCAUACCGCCGAGCACUGGCAUACCCUCACUGGAUACGUUCUACUUCCUUUUUCCCGCAUUGAGCAGCUUGCUCCGCUGGGGCAGUCUCUUCCCAGCGCCGUCUUUGCUCGGCGCAGUGCCCGACAGUCUGCAGCCCGCGGCCUCCAAGGUGGUGCUGGUGCUCGCCGACGAUGCCAAUGCGCACAAGUCGCGUGUAACGCGCCAGGACACGCCUAAUCCGCAAGCACCAGCAGCAGCGCCACCUGGUGCUGACAUACUGCAGCAGUUCUUCACCCAAGUGGGUCAGGCACCGCCACCAAACUUCAAUCAGUUUAUGGAGCAGGGUCAGCAAAUGAUACAGAACAUGGGACAACCACAAGUGGGUUCGGCGAAUCCUUUGAACGGCUUGUUUGGUCAGACGCCUUUCAAUUUGUUUGGCGGUUUGGUGGGUGCAGCUGCACCCCCAGCGGCCGAGCCCGCAGCCCCGCCGGCACCAGCCACUACAGCAGCCACGCCCACUGCCAAGUCAGCGGAUGAGACGCCAGCAACGCAGCCCUUCAAUUUCUUCAAUGCGCCCAUGUUCGAUGGCAACAGCAAUCUUCUGGGCAUGGCCAUGCCCCAAGGUCUGCCACAGGCGCCCUCGCUGGACGCCUUCAUGUCCGGCCUGCGUCAGCUCACGCCCAAUGCGCAGCCCAGCGCGCAAGCCUCGGACAUUUCCGAGGUGCGUGUCAGACCCGAGACCGAUAUGCAGGCGCAGCACAAGAUUCAGUCCGCUUUGGAGAAGCAGCAGCAGCAGCAGCAGCAACAGCAGAAGCAGCGCGUGCCGCUGCUUUGGUUCCGCAUGCGUCAAAGCGCCGACAACAACGAGAACAAUGAAGAGAGCGACAAGCCCACGGAUCAGCUGAAGAUCGAGUCGAAGCUGCAGGCCUUUGAGCGCCAGGUGAUUGCCGAGCUGCGCAUGCUGCAGCACAUCGAGCGCAUGGCCAAGGAGAUGCGCGCCACUGCCGCCCAGCGUCCAGAGUCCAACCAACGCAAUGGAGCGCCAGCCUACAAGGUGCGCUAUCCGCUGAGCCGCACACCCGUGCACAAGAUCACGCGUUCGGACAUUGAGCGUGCGCUGCGGGACGAGGACGUGCGUCGUCUGAUCCACGCCGAGGCGAAGCGCAUGUCCGCCACACGCGAAUCCCAGCUGCCGCUUCACAAGCGUCAAGCUGCCUCUACUAUGCCCAGCACCAGUGCCCAGUCCCAGCUCACGCUCUCCAAGGAGGACAUUGUCAGCAUGCUGGCCUAUGCCUAUCGCAUGGCCAACGAGUCGUCGGCCACAGGUCGCAGUGCCGACAAGAGCUACACAGCCUUCCGCGCCAGCGAACAGGACUCCAUGUUGCAGCAGCAGCGACAGCAGCAGCAGCAGCAACAACAACAGCAACAGCAAUCUGCUCAAGAUCAGUGGGCGGAGGCUAAGAUGCGUGGCAUGAUGCAAGAGCAGCAAGCGGAGCAGAAGAUGAGGCAAAUGAUGGCCGAGCAGCAGCAAUCGGAGCAGAAGAUGCGGCAGAUGCAACAGCAACAGGCAGCAGAGCAACAGCAGCGCAUGCAGCAGCAAAUGUUUGAGCGCCAGCAGCAGCAGCAGUCCGAGCGUCAAUGGACUGAGGACAAGAUGAGAGCCAUGAUGCAACAGCAGCAAUCAGAAAUGCAGCAGCAACAGAUGCAAAGACAAAUGAACGGCCCGACUGUAGGACAAAUGCCCAGACAGAUGUCGGAGGAGAUGAAGCAACAGCAACAGAUCGAGAUGCAAAGACAGAUGCCCCAGAUGCUGGGACAGCAGCAACAAAUGUCCGAGGAGAAAGCACAGCAACAGAUCGAGAUGCAAAGACAGAUGCCCCAGAUGCUGGGACAGCAGCAACAAAUGUCCGAGGAGAUGAAGCAACAGCAACAGAUCGAGAUGGAAAGACAAAUGCGUGCCCAGCAGAUGCCAGGUGGCAUGAUGAUGGUGGCACAAAUGGCGCCUGGACGCAUGAUCGAGCAGCAAAUGCCAAGACAAAUGUCCGAGGGAGUCCAGAGGCAGCAGCAGCAGCAACAGAUCGAGAUGCAAAGACAAAUGACGCCACAGCAGAUGCCCCAGAUGGUGGGACAAAUGACGCCACAGCAGAUGCCCCAGAUGGUGGGACAAAUGACGCCACAGCAGAUGCCCCAGAUGGUGGGACAAAUGACGCCACAGCAGAUGCCCCAGAUGGUGGGACAAAUGACGCCACAGCAGAUGCCCCAGAUGGUGGGACAAAUGACACCACAGCAGAUGCCCCAGACGCCAAGACAGAUGUCAGAGGCGGAGACGGAGAAGCAACAGCAGAUCGAGCGUCAGCAGCAGAUGGCGCAGGGAAUGAUUGUGGGACAAAUGGCUCCCGGCAUGAUUGAGCAGCAAAUGCCAAGGCAGAUGUCGCAGCAGCAGCAGCUGAUUGCAGAUCAGCAGAUGCCCAGACAAAUGAGCGAACAACAGCAAAUCGAACGCCAAAUGGACGAGCAGGCAAUGACUGAGGGCGGAAAGCCUGAGGAUGCGCUGCUUGGUGAGGCGAAGCCUCAGAUGGCCGAGAACGAGGGCAUGGCGCGACACAAAGUCGACUUUAUGGGACUGGGUGGCGAUAUGCACAAGAAAUCCAAGUCCAAGGGCAAGUCCCAGCCCACCAUCAUCAACUACUAUGCCAUGCCGCAGCAGCGACCGCAAUACGCGCCGAGCUACAGGCCGCCCAGCUAUCAGGCCCCCAGCUAUCAUGCACCCAGCUAUAGUCCUGCCAGCUAUAGUCCCUCCAGCUAUGGCGCCCCCAGCUAUGGCACCAGUUACGGAGGCGGCGGCUAUCGCGCUGCCCUGGGCAACGAUGAGAUUGAUGAAAUGCUGCGCCAGCAUCGCACCAUGAGAACAAUAAAUCCAGCCGCAGACGAAGUGAAGCCCAACACCAACCACAACCCCAACCAGACGACAGCCAUCGACAACAGCGACAACAAGCAGCGCAUUAAAAGGUUAGCAAACUCGAAUAGCUAUAAAAAGUUGAGCCAUUUGCGUGUGCCCGGACGCAGACGCCGCAGCGCUGACUACGGCACACUGGAGACCAUUGAUGCGGGUUCGCUCAAUGCGCUGCGCAAGGAAUACAAGCUGGGAUUGAAGGAGAUUACGCUCAGUCCGGACGAGGAUCCAGCCGAGGCGCUUAUGCGUUACAAUGCUGCGUCCAUUCGCGAGGCGCUCGAGCGCGCCAGCCAGGAGCCGCUCGAGAUUAGCGGCGAUCAGCUGGCGGCAGCCGAUGCAGCCGCAUACGCCAACGAGCAAGCCGCAGCUGAUGGCAGCACAGAGCCAGCACAGCAGCAACCAGUGCUGGACAACAGCAUACAGCAGCAGCAGCAGCCUCAACAGCAACAGCAACAGCAGCAGCAGCAGCUUGAUAAUAAUACGCUUGCCUCUGAGCUGUUGGCAGCGCGCAUUGAGUUUAAGAAACUUUACAGUCUGGUUGAGAGUCUGAAGCAGCAGCUCACAGAUGCCGAGCAGCGUCUCAGCGAUUGCAGUCUUCGUCAGACGACAACAAGAAGCACAACAACAACUACAACUACAACGCCUGCACCAACAACUACAACAACAACAACAGCACCAACUCCUUGGGAGCGCUUGCUGGCCAGCAAAGGCUACGAUACCAAGUUCUUGAGCAAGUCAAGUGAGCAGCAUUACAUGCAGGGCGAUAAUCUGAAUCAGCAAGCUGCUGAUUACAGCUACCAGGAGCUGCCCGUCGAAGAUCCAGACAACAAAUCCAAGCGAGCCACAGCGCACAGCAGCAAAGGCACAAGCACCACGCCCACGCCAGAGUCAGAGCCAGAGCUAAGCACAAGCGCUGCAUUGACGCAGGCGCAGCUGCUGAAUGCUGCGCUGCAUAAUGAUAUAAGCAAAGAUGCUGCUGCCGCAGGCGCAGACGCUGCUGCUGUUGCCGAUGGCACAACGGCCACGCCCUACGCACAGCGCGGCAAAUUUAUACGCAGACGCAGCACUAGCGCCAGCAUGGGCGUGCGUACUACGCGCCAAACGAAACCAAAGUCGACAGUUAGGCUGCCAGUGAGAAAGGAUGUGGAGUUGUCGCUGCUGCGUGUGCGCAGCUCCAAGCUGGAUCAGCUCAUCGAUGUGCUGCGCGAGCUGCUGCAAUUGCAGAUCGAAAAGCAGCAGCAGCAGCAAACAGUUAGCAGCAAUGCUGUUAACAGCAAUUCAAAGACUACAAAGCGUAAACGCUUGCGUUCCAAGUCGGCGACAUUAGCAUUAGCAUUAACAUUAAUCGUAAUCGUAAUCGUAACAGUUGCAUUAACAUUUGCUUUCAAUAUUUCAUUUUCAUUGCAUACUUUCUUGCGCCCCAUCAGUCAAUCAACAACAACAACAACAACAUCCACAUCAGCAACUAGUAGCACAUCUCCAUCUUCAUCCAUCUCCAAACCGAACGAAAAUGUUGGCGCCAUCAAGGGCUACAGCGAGAGUCUGCUGCAACCGUUUAUGGGCAUGCUGCCAGUGGACUCGCCGGAUGAUCCUUGGCGGCGCAAGGCCUACGACUUGCACAAUCCGCUCUACAGCGGCGGCGGCAGCUAUGAAGCGUAUCUGCGGCAACGCCGCGACACCCACAUCAUGCCACGCGGCCAUCAGUUGCUCACGCCCGACAUGCUGGAGCGUCUGCUGCGCAUCAAGGCCGAGUUUCAGCGACGCUUUCCGCAUCUCUACCAGAGCAUGCUCAACCAUCAAACAAAUCAAACGCGCGUCGUGGUCACGCCGCCGCUGCUAGGACCACCCUCCUCUUCUUACUCUUCCAGCGCAAGCGAUAGCCAGGCCCAUGAGGCACCUGUCUAUGAGCUGGGCGCAGCUGAGCGCGGUCUCUCUGAUGCGGACGCGGACACAGCCUCGCUUUUCAGUCGCGAGGAGACCACAGAUAAGAGCGAACUCGGCGCGGCACCAAAGCAGCGCAGCAGCGAACACAAGGACAAUAAGCCUGAAGCCGACGACAGCGACAACGUUGACUAUUUUCAUUUCGACGACGAUGAAGAUGACUUUAAAUUUAACAUUCCCGAUGACAUCGAUGUUGAUGUGGAUGUCUAAGUGCAUGCGCUUUUAGCUAUACAUAUAUGUAGACAAAAAUAAUCGAAUUGAUAA